CCUUGCGCGCGGUCGCUGGGCGGUUUCCGAGAGGCGGGCUUGCCUUAUUUCUAGCGCCAAGUGUUGAGCUCUGGAGGCAGCGAAGACCUGUGUCUGUGAAGCCCGAACGCUUCGCAAUGAAGAAAAUGUUUAGCUUCAGGGGUAAGAGGGGCGAGCAGCCCCUGGGCUUCAACAUCAGCCCGCGGAGGGCCGGCUCGCGGCGCCUGAACGGUGCCAAACUCGCCGACCCGGGCCCCGGGUACCACGUCCGAGUCGGAGAUCUCAGAAAGAUCCACAAAGCUGCCAGUGGGGGCAACGCAGCGAAAGUGCAGCGGAUUCUGUUGCUGGGGAUAAAUGACUUGAAUGACAGAGACAAGAUGAACAGGACUGCUCUCCACUUGGCCUGUGCCAAUGGCCAUGUAGAUGUGGUGACUAUCCUGGUAGAGAGGAAAUGCCAGCUCAACCUCCGUGAUGAUGAAAGUAGGACAGCUCUAAUGAAGGCUGUACAAUGCCAAGAAGAGGCAUGUGCAACUAUUCUGCUGGAACACGGUGCUGAUCCAAAUCUUAAGGACAACAAGGGCAACACCGCUCUCCAUUAUGCAGCCUUUGGUGACAAUGUAUCAAUAGCAGAGAAGCUGCUUUUACAGAAUGCAGAUAUAGAAGCAAAAAACAAGGAUGACCUGACACCACUUUUAGUUGCUGUAAAUGAAAACAAAGAGCAAAUGGUGAAAUUUUUAGUAGGAAAAGGAGCAAAUAUACUUGCAGUUGAUAAGGUUAAAAGCAGUCACCAACUAAUUUCUGAACAUAAAGAAGAAAUGAAACCUGAAAAUUCUUCACAAAAUCACAAUCUAGCGGAGAAGAAUUCUGAAGAAGACUCUUUAAGCAGUCUUUCCAGUAAACCAGAUACUGAUGAUUCAUGGCCUUCAUCAGAUGGAGACUUAAGUUUUGGUACCAAGACUGUCCCGAAACCAAACUUAAGAGAGCUAAUGGCUGCUUUUCUGCGAGCCAAGAGAGCAAAAUGUGGCAUUGUGAGCCUAGAAGAUAGACCUUUAUUUGCUGAGAACAAUUUUGCAAGUGAAGAUAAGACUGAAACUCUUUGGAAACCAUCAGUCAAUGUCUCUGACUAUUCUCCUCUUGCUUUUGAAUCACCUGGAACUCCUCAAACGUCUUUAGCAAUGCUUGGUGUUACAAAGGAAGGAGCAACGAAGCCAGCGAUUGAAAAAAAGGACAAUGGUAUUGAUAUUAUUGAAAGUGCUCCACAAAAGCAAACAGUUAAUGACAAUUUGACUUCUGCUGAUAGAGCACACAAAAAUAAUACAAGUGAUAGGAUGUCAGCUUUAGAGCAAGGAGAAGAUAGUUCACCUUGGGAUUCUGAGAGUAUUUCUGCAAGUCUUCCAAAGAAAUCUGUUGAUUGUUUACCUGGAGGUGCAGAUCAACAAGGGCAAAGUAUAUUAAAUGAACAAGUAGAAGAUUCUCCUGGAAAAGAUCUUCAUUGGAAGUCUACCACUGAAGUGAAAGAUUCUGUUACUAAUGAAGCAGUAGCAGGGAAAGAUCAACAAAUGUCCAGAUCAGAUUUUUCCGAUUGGGAUUCUAGUUUAUCCCUCGGUAAUGAGACUUGUCAAAGAACUGGGGAUUUGAAAGUUGAUGAUAAAUGCCCAUUUGUAUCACAACCAAUGACCAAAAUUGAGUCCGCAUCCACAGAAUUUGGACAGAUGACCUUAAUGGAUAAAGAAAAUAUUAAUAUUGGAGCUGUGUUUCUAUUAGAGAAUUCUACACUCCAUGACCUGUGUGAAUCAGAGCUACCAGAAAACAGAAAGAGCAAAAAAGAUUUGUCAGCAGAACUAGAUUUAGAAGUGGCAUCAGAGGAAGAGCAAGAAAGACCUGAUGAAAGUGAAAAUAACCACCCACAGAUUGAAGAAAAAAGGAAGAAGCAGAAGAGUAGUAAAAUGGAAGGAGCAGAAAACAUAUAUGCUGCUGCUGCUGCUGGACUAAUUCAACAAAGAAAGAAUGGCAAAACUGAUAACCACCUGUUUCCUACUAUGCAGAAUGAAGAUUCUGAUGCACCUGCAAAGAAAACGUCUAAGGAAAAGAACAAGGUCAAAAAGCAAAUGAGUUCUGUAGAACACCUUGAUGACUUAACUCAGUCAUCUGAAGCACCUUCAGAGGAUUGUAAGUUGCAUUACUCUGAUUUUAAGAGUUCCCUGUUGCUCAUUGAACAACUUGGCAUGGACUGUACAGAUUCUGUUAGUCUAUUGAAAAUCCAGGAUGCAAUUCUUUCAUAUGAGAGAUUAAUAGAACUUAAAAAAAAUGACUGUGAACAACUUAUAAGAAGAAUUAAAAAAAUGGGAUGUAAGAUUAAUGGACUACAAAAGGAGCUAUCAGAAACAAAAGAAAUGAAAUCACAGUUAGAGCAUCAAAAAGUGGAAUGGGAACAAGAACUCUGCAGUUUGAGAUUUACCUUAAAACAGGAAAAAGAAAAAAGAAAAAGUGCUGAUAUGUUAUAUGAAAAAAUUAGGGAGCAAUUAAGAAAUAAAGAAGAGCAAUAUAGUAAAGAAGUCGAAAUGAAACAACAGCUUGAGCUUAAUCUUAGAACACUAGACCUGGAAUUGAAGAGUGUAAAAAACAAUUUGAAUCAGGUUAUAGAAGAGCGAAAUGACAUUCAGAGGCAACUCUCUCAAGAACAGAAUGCCAGAAUAUUACAAGAUGGAAUUCUAAACAAUCACCUUUGCAAACGAAAGGAAAUAGAAAUGUCUCAUACAAAAAUGAAUUCUGAGGCUUCUUCUACUCAUGAAAAAGCAAAAGAUCUGUUACAUAAAAACCGCAUGUUGCAGGAUGAAAUUGCUAUGCUAAGACUGGAAAUAGACACAAUAAGGAACCAGAAGCAGGAAAAGGAAAAGAAAUAUUGUGAAGACAUUGAAAUUGAAAAAGAAAAGAAUGACAGUCUUCAAAAGACCAUAAAACUGAAUGAGGUAACAUUAACAAAUACAGUAUUCCAAUAUACUGGACAGCUCAAUGUUCUGACAACUGAGAAUACAAUGCUAAACUCUAAACUGGACAAUGAAAAGCAAAACAAAGAAAGACUAGAAGCAAAAAUUCAGUCAUACCGAGCUAGACUUGCUACUGCUAUACAGGAUCAUGAUCAAAGUCAGGCAUCAAAAAGAGACCUAGAACUUGCUUUCCAGAGAGCAAAAGAGGAGUGGUUUCGUUUACAGGACAAAAUGAACUUUGAUGUGUCUAACCUAAAAGAUAACAAUGAGGUGCUUUCUCAGCAACUUUCUAAAGCUGAAAGUAAAUUCAAUACCCUAGAAAUUGAGCUGCAUCAUACAAGAGAUGCUCUCAGAGAAAAGACUUUGGCUUUAGAACAUGUACAAAGAAACCUAAAACAAACCCAGUGUCAGAAGAAGGAAAUUGAACAGAAGUAUCAAAAUGAGCAAAGUAAAGUGAAUAAAUACUUUGGAAAGCAGGGAUCCUUAGAAGAGAGAUUAUCUCAACUACAAAGUGAAAAUAUGUUGCUCCGGCAGCAAAUAGAUGAUGCCUACAGCAAAGUUGACUGUAAAGAAAAGACUGUAAUUGAUAUCCAAGACCAGUUUCAGAUUAUUGUAAGAAAUCUUCAAGCUGAAAGUGAAAAACAAAGUGUUAUACUGCAAGAAAGAAAUAAGGAGUUAAUCACUGAAUGUAACCAUUUAAAAGAAAGAAUAUAUAAGUAUGAGAAGGAGAAAGAAGAAAGGGAAGUAGUUAUGAGACAAUUUCAACAAGAACUGGCUGAUGCCCUAAAAAAACAAUCUAUGUCAGAGGCUUCAUUGGAGGUUACAUCGCAUUAUCGUAUUAAUUUAGAAGAUGAGGUACAGGAUUUAAAGAAGAAAUUAGAUCAAAUCAAAAGUCAGUUACGUGAAGCACAGGAUCGACAUACAGAGGCUGUAGGAUGUAUUGAGAAGUCGCAAGAUCACAUACAAAAGCUUGAAGUUGAAAAUGCCAAGUUAAAAGUUACAAUCAAGAAGCAAGCAGGCCAAAUUGAACAGCUUCAGGAAGACCUGUUAAGUUCAAGUUCGCCUAGCGAUGAAAAGGAAAAUCUAAAGAAAUGUAUGGAGUUAAAACAAUCUCUGGAAUUCAGUUUGGAUCAAGAGGUGAAGAAAAAUUAUGAAUUAGAAAAAGAGAAUACUGGAUUUAAGAACCUCUUAAACAUGACAAGAAGGAUGUUAAGUAAAUAUGAAAAUGGAGAGCUUCCUUUCUAUGGAGAUUUAAAAACCAGUCAAACAGAAAUGGAUAUUCAGAUUAAUAUGCUAAAACAUAAGAUUGAUGAUCUUACAGCAAAACUGGAAACUGAAUCUUCAAGAUGUCUACACCUGGAUGCAAAAAAUCAAGUUCUUCAACAAGAGUUAUUAUCUAUGAAAGCAACAGAGAGGAAAUGUGAAAAACUAGAAAAGAAUAAAAAGAAGUUGGAACAAAAAGUAGUAAACCUCAGAAGUCAUUUAGAAGUCAAUGUGGUAGAACGCAGUCAAGUAGAAAAAUAUAAACGGGAGAUUGAAGAGAGAGCAAGAUUGGUUAUAGUAGAAAAAUUAAAAGAAGUCAAUCUAUUUUUACAGACACAAGCAGCAUCUCAAGAAAACUUAGAACAGUUAAGAGAAAGUAAUAAUGCUUCAAUAAGAGGUCAACUGGAACUCAGAAUUAAAGAGCUAGAAUCUGAAAUAUCCAAAAUCAAAAAUUCUCAAGAAGAUAAAGCAGAAUUGGAAAAAUACAGGCAACUCUACUUAGAAGAAUCAAAAAUUCGAAUGUCAUUGACAAAUAAACUGAGCAAGACUAGUGAGAGGCUGGCAGAUAUCACUACCAAAUAUCUGGUGGAGAAACAGCAGAACAGACCUUUCCACAGCACUCUUACUAUGAGACCCGUCUUGGAACUGCCUUAUGUUGGAAAUCUGACUAGUAGUUUACUGCUGGAUAGAAAUGUUACUCCAAGAGAAAAUGUAGUGGUUCCUACCUCAAGCUCGCGCCCUUCAAAUAACAGCAUGGAUACUUACUUGACCAAGAUGCAGCAGAUGUUGGAAGAAAAUAUAACUAGAGAACUAAAAGAAGCUGCUGGUGAAUUUGAAUCAGGAUCCUGUAGAUCCUUUUCUUUAGGAUCUACUGAUGAAUCAAAUCUAAAUCAACAUCUAGUACUGCAAGCAUCACAAGAAUAUGUAGAGAUUUUAAAGAAAAAUUAUAUGAUCUGAAAGAUCUAUAAUAAAAGUUUAUUACCUAGAUAUUUAAUAUAACAUUUUAAUUGUUUCCCAAUAAAUAUCUGAUGUACGAAAAUCUUUAUUAAAGGAAAAUGUUUUUUGUAUCGUGUGUAAUAAAAGUUUAUAUACUAUUUUAA